GCCUCGGGCAGAGAAAGCCACGACUGUUGCUUGGUGUGUUCAGCUCAGCAGACGGCUGCGCCCUCUCUGUGUCUGUAGGCUUUAACAACUGACCAUUCAGGACCUGCGUUUAUUAGCAGCCCGUCCUCACUCGGCGACACUCGGAAACAUGAAUGGAAAGUCCGCUAACGGUACGCUGGGAGGAAUGGCCUGUAUCGAGGGUCUACCGCCGCUGCCGAAGAGCCUCAGCGGGCUGCUGAACUCGAGCGGCGGCUCGUGGAGAGAAAUGGAGAGGAUGUACGUGAAGAAAACCAUGAUCCAGGACGACCUGAGCCGAGGCAGGAACAACACCGACAGCCUCCUGGCCAGCAAGCCUGCCAACCUGGACGCUGCUCUGGCUCUCCUGCGGAAAGAGAUGGUAGGGCUGCGCCAACAGGACAUGUCCCUGCUGUGCCAGCUGUGGUCGCUCCACGAGUCCAUCCAGGAGUACAAGGGCAGCUGCCACGACCUGAGCGCCGCCUCCAGCCUCAGCAUGAUGGAGAACGGCUACUUCGACGAGGAUGAUGAAUACUACGCAGAGCCGGGCUCCACUCCCACCGGGGAGCAUCCGGACGGGGAGGUCGGGGACGGCAGCUCAGCGAUGGCCGCGGCCAAGAACGGGAACCUCAGCAGCGGCAAAGAGGACAGCUGGGACUCCUUUCGCGUUGCCAUCUGAGGCCUGCAUUCAUUUUUUUUUUUGCAGACGGAUCCAUGUUUUGAGCCAAGCUGUGAGAAGGGAGUGGCUGGUUGGUGUUUCACAUUAAAGCAACAGAAGAAGAAAGAUCUCAUCCUAACUCCUCAGGUGAAACAAACAUCUGUCUUUGCUGGAAGAUGAUUUUUUUUCUUUUUUUUUUUAUUAGUUUCAUCAGGAUUUAGAGAUGAGAAAACCUAGACUUAAUAUUAUGUGCUGCUCUUUACUCAGCCAGUCACUCUUCUUUUUUUCUUUUUUCUUUUGCAUAAUCAACAUAUAUGGACAAAGUUUUAUUAUUUAUUACAUAAUAUAAAUAACAAAGUAUUCUUUUCCUUUUUAAUCUCAUUGAACAUUUUGUACAAAAGGUACAAACAGAAAGGUUGGAAAUACCUGAACUUUGGACGUUAAACCGGUAGGUUGAGAUGUUUUUAAGAUAUUUGGGUCUCGCUGCAGGAAGAGGAGCUAGUUGGACUGACAAAAACUGUAACAUUUAUCCCCAUAAAUCUAAAGAAAAACGGGUUAAGUGUUGCUAGUUAACAGCAGAGCAGAACUGGUUUACUACACAGGGAGUAAACCUUCAUCGUUUAGGAGGAGCAUAUCUGCCCUGCAAGUCCUACCUGUCUCACUGGAAACAUGGAACACCUGAAAGGAGGGGAAAUCAUCUGAGUGGCUGGUUUAUGAUCAGAGUUAGAAACAGUUUAGUUAUAAACAGCCUUUAUUGAGCAGAAUCAGGAAUCAUAAAGAAAGUUUUCUGUUCUUAAACUUGUUUUUUUAUUGUUUUAUUCAUAUACAAGCUGCACGUAUAUCUGAAAUGGGACAUUUAUAGGGAAAACAGGAGCAGAAUUUGCAGGAAUAAACUUCCCAUUGUGGCCUUUAUGCUCUGCUGCAAGCAUAUUCAAACAGCUGCAGCUUAAACCCCAACUUGUUUGGGUUCUGCCACAGAUAAUCUAAGCAGAAUCCUCUCUGCUGAUGCAGCUCUGCAGCAUUUCUGCAUUCUUUAAGGGGUCCGGUUUAGAUUUAACAACCUCUGCUUCCUUCACACACUGUAGCAGAUGGGACGUACUGUUGAUUUAUAAGAAGUUCUGCACACAGAGCAGAAAACCAGCCUUAUUUCUGAUGUAAAUGUAAUCUUUUGCUUUUAGUCUUUCAUUUCCAAUGAUUUUUUUGUCAGUUUCUGCAGCAAAGCGUCCAUCAGAACCUGUAGCGCGUGGCGCCAUACCUCUGUAGCAGCUCUUUUUCCAGGUCAGGCGGCUGAUUUCUCAACUCGCCAUCAUGUCUGUCACAAACCAAAGGCGCUCAUAAACUCAGCAUUGUUUUUGGUUAAAGGUGCUGAUAGGAAAUAUAUGAAUGAUUUGUAUCCAAGGAAUGUUUUUAAGAAAAACCAAGGCUUCAAAUAGGCCGGUUUUCUCCAUUAUGUCUGCAGAUGCACAACGUUUUCA